UCUCUCUCUCUCUCUCGCUCCAUCACUCACGCUGGUGUUUCUCCAGUGUAUCCGGCGGAUCGUAGCUGGAGUCGUGUGUGUUGUGGUGUGGAGCAUGUGCUGAUCGCUCAGGAUCCUGUGCGUCUGAUCAGGAACGGUGUGUGUGAAGCACAGAGACCUUCUUCAUAAAGCCGCUCAGUUCAUGGAUAUUCCCCUCUGGACAGAGUAAACAGAGAGAGCGAGGGAAGCCGUGUGGACAGCAGGACGAGAGACAGACAGAUAGAGACAGAGAGAGAGAGAGAGAGAUAGUUAAAUGUGGAAAGCGUCCUCUCUGAGCUCCAUGGCAAACUCUGCAUGCGUGCUGCUGUCCGGCUCCGGGAUGCUGCCUCACUCGCUGCACGCGCCGCAAGGCUUCCUCUACUUGUCCGAGGGUAAUCAGGAGGCCAGCAAUCCGGCGGACGUGAUGGCCCAGACUUACGCCCCACAGUUUGCGCAUCCCCCGCAGAACGGCAUCCCCGCCGAGUUCACCGCGCUUCCCACGCAAGACUACGCAGGACAGAACCGUGUCCCGGAUCACGGCCUGACGCUCUACACGCCGGCACAGACCCACAGCGAUCUGGCCAACGCCGACACUAACACGCCAGCCAUCAGCAGCAACACAGCACCGACGGAAGACGUGACACAAACAGAAGUUUCCCAGCUGGUGCCGCAUUCAGAGUCCACGGAAAAACAGCAGCCCAAACGGUUACACGUCUCCAACAUCCCCUUCCGCUUCCGUGACCCGGAUUUACGGCAAAUGUUUGGGCAAUUUGGGAAGAUCUUAGACGUGGAGAUUAUCUUUAAUGAAAGAGGAUCAAAGGGCUUUGGCUUUGUAACUUUUGAAACGAGCACAGACGCAGAUCGUGCGCGGGAGAAACUAAACGGUACUAUCGUAGAAGGACGUAAAAUCGAGGUGAACAAUGCCACAGCGAGAGUGAUGACGAAUAAGAAAGUGGUAAACCCGUACACAAACAGCUGGAAACUCAAUCCGGUGGUCGGAGCAGUUUACGCACCGGAGCUCUACGCAGUGACGGGUUUCCCGUAUCCCGCAGCAGGAGCAACAGUGGCGUACAGAGGCGCUCAUCUGCGGGGCAGAGGUCGGGCUAUUUACAACACCUUCCGCACAGCUCCUCCUCCUCCACCCAUCCCAGCGUACGGCGCGAUGGUGUAUCAGGACGGAUUCUACGGUGCAGAGAUCUACGGUGGAUAUGCGGCGUACAGAUAUACUCAGCCUGCAACGGCUACAGCGUACAGCGACAGUUAUGGGAGAGUCUAUGCAACUACUGACCCAUAUCACCACACCAUCGCCCCGGCAGCCACCUACAGCGUGGGGACCAUGUAAAUACAGCAGAAGAAAAAACAACGAGAGAGAGAGAGAUCAGUACUGAGCACUUCAGGAAAGCAAGGACCAUCAUGAGAAAAGAAAAUCUAUUGUCCAGAGGAGACUGAAGAAAAGUUCCAGCAGAGAACAUGAAGGACACAAAUAUAAACAGAUGGAAGAGAAAGAAAGAAAACACAUUUGGAAACAUUUUAUUUUUCUAUAUGUUAAUGUUCAUGGAUGGAGCAGAGACGUGUGUGCAUCUCAGAGACUACAGUUAACUGACACUGAUAUGACCGUGCAGGGAUCCUCAAGCUAUGACCACGCCCACAACAUCAUCCACCAAUCAGAAGUGACUUAUGAUGGGGGAGGAGACAAGACAUGCCGAAGGCUGCAUGACUAAUGUAUUUCCUGUGGGUGGAGUCAUUGUGCGUGCUGUGAUUGGUUGCUUUGCAAAACUUCCCAGAAAGGAUAUCACUCUAACCACACUUCCUGUAUCAUGUGCUUCAGCUCACAUCAUUAUUGGUCAUUCAUUCACCCACUUCCUGUGGAGAGACGUCGCCAGACCGCUUACACGAUACAGUUCAGCCUGUGUGGGCGGAGCCACUCAUUCACUUCCUGUGGCUGAUGUCAGAACUUAGCUGAUUGGCCAUGCUGCUGACCAACUUCCUGUGGUGUUCCUGGUUAGGACUCUUAAACUAAAGAUGUCAACUACUGAUCAAUUAUGUCCAGCAGUAGAGUGCACGGUGAGAGUGUUGGUUCAGAAGGGGCACACCAAAAUUUCUAAUUAACAAUUUACAAUUUAUAUAAGAAUGACUUUAUGGACAGUUUACAUUGACAUUCAUUCUAUUACAGAAUGAGGGGCUGUUCACACAGAAUGUGGCUUUGGAUCUAAAAACACAAGACAAGUGCUUUUAAAAAAAGUGCAACGCAGAAUGCCUCCUCUGCCAAAUCGCUAAAACAGUUGCAAAGCCAACUUUUUUCUUUAAACAAAAGCUUGCAAUCCUUUCCCAACUUCUGAUUGGUCCACUGUUUUGGAACUGACACGGAUGAGCAGAUGAAAUUUGACAUGACAUCUAAAGAAGAUUGUCGCUCAUGCAAGAUGCUACAAAUGACACAAGUGGUCAUACACAUCGCCUAGUGCAUGUUUACGUAGAAAAACAAUAGAAAAGUAGUGCAUUGAACUGGAAAAAACACAUUGUGUGUGAACGGCCCUAAGAGUAUUUAAUCUGAACUACCAUUUAGAAGAUGUGAAUAAUUGAGGAAUAGUUAAGAUGUGUUAAUGUAUAUUAAAUUAUCUCGUCUGCUUACCAAAUCUGCAUUUAUCUGAUCAAAACUACAGAUAUUGAUAAUUUAAAACAAUAAUACUGUGAAAAGUUAUUACAAUUUAGAAGAUCUUUUUGUUUUGUCUUGUUUAGUUUGUUGUUGUUGUUGUUGUUUUAUAAACAAAUACCAUUACUCACUAAGGAUCAGUGAUGGUCAAUGUAUAAACAACCCGCACCCGACCGAUGUUUUGGGUAGAAUGAUGUGAUUUAAUUAUAAUGUUUAUGCAACGAUUUAUGCAAAAAAAAAAAAAAAAAAAAAAAAAAAAAUAGGCUUGACAUUUACACAUAAAUACAAAGCAACACUUCACCUGAACAAACACUCCCACCGUUCACAUCAUGUGCCGAGAGAAAAAUUGAUCAGUCACUUGUGAUCUAUGAAACUCAUUUGACUGAAGCGUGAGAUUAAAAUGUUUACUUUUAAACCAGGGGACAAACUUCCAGCCAAAAUGAACCGAACCGCGGAUGCAUCUAGUAUUUAACUUAAGAAAAAAAAAGAGAGAUAGAAGAAAAAGUAAAGUAUUAUUCAUUGAAAUAUCAUAGUGCUAUAUGACAAAUAUAUCCACAUGUUUAUCUACGCCUACAUUAAAUGCUUCCUUUAAACAAUGUUUUACAACAACAGUGACUGUUAACCUGUUCUUUGGUAAAUUUUGUCAGCUGUAUGAAGUAUUUCUGGGGUUUGAUACGCCUCGGAGGGAGGGAGGGAGGGAGGGAUGGGAUGUAACAUAACAAACAGAACAUUUUAUUUGGGAAAACAGCUAAAUUUUUAAAGCACAUUUUCCCUACCCACGUGUUUUCAAGAGUGUAUUGAUAUAUGUUGAGAGUGUAACAGUAGUUGUAUUUGUACAUACAUAACAUAUUUAUUAUCAGGCUGACGGGGUUGAUGGCACAGGGUGUAUGUAUGUGUGUGUCUGAAUGGGUGAGAUGUGUAUUUUGUUAUUUUUUAAUCCAACCAUAAUCAAAUCAUGCUUUAUUUUUGAGCUUCUAAUACAUUAAUACUCUUUCAGUUUGACUACCAUUGUUUUAGUAUUAAGCUUCUUAUAUUUGCCGCUCUAAACGCCCUACAGAAACUCUGUAUUGUUUAGUUUAAUUAAGACUUGAUUUAGUGUUUUAUUCAGCAGUUGUAUUUGUCCAGCCAAAUCUUUAGAGAAAUUUCUCUAUAAGUAAUUCAAGUCUACGUUUCUGAAAAACUUGAAGUAGCAAGCAGAACAUUAGUAAAGGCGCUUUAUAUGCAAAGUGAAAUCAUGUUAUUGGAUUUAUCCAAGAGUGAUGAUAAAUGGUAAAAGGUUUACAUUUACUGAUUAUUAAAGAGUUUACAUCAGGGUUUCCAAAAAUGUUCUGUCAGCAGAACCCCUUGAUGUCUUUAUAUACGUUAAUAUUUCAAUAAUUUAACAACACAUUCACGUGUUCAUAGUUCAUAGUUCUCUGAUGUUUAUUUAUGGUCACAUGCAGGUAAACAAAUGAAAUAUUUCCUUUAGUAAGUGGUUGAUUUUAUCAUUUUUAUUUUCAAUAAUAUUUUCUAAUUGUAAAUAAUUGUUAGCUUUUUAUUGUAGUUCCCUGGUAAAUCCCCAGGGUUUUGCAAACAUCAUUUUGGAAAAUCUCACUUACGAUCAACAGUUCGGCCAGUUCAGUGUCUAGUUUUAUAGUUUGAUCAAUAUUUUGCAUUAGUUUUUAUUUCUAUACACUUUAUUAAACCUUCUUUAUUUUCUUUUAACUUUUAAAGUUUUUUUUUUUUUUGUGUGUGUGUGUGUUUUUGUCAGUUUUAUGUUUUUUAGUAACUUUUUUAUGUUUUAUAUUUAGUUAAAAUAUUCCAAGUACUGGGAAGUUUUUUUUAUUAUUUUUUUAAUGGUUUUAGUUUUAUUUAAUAGCCCUAAUUUGGAUUAUUAAAUCUGGAUGGAGAUGUAUAAAGUUCUAUACAUCUACAUCUCAUUUCUGUUUGUUUGCACAUUAUACUAUUUCAAUUAAUUCGACAGAAUUUCACAGAUUCCCCUUCAAAAUCAACAUGAAAAAUAGAGAUUCAUCCGGUUCUGCUUAAACAGCUGAGACCACAUGCUUUUCAUCUAUCAUAAUUCUGAAGCAUAAUUCUCAUACGUCUAUAUGUUUACGUCUAAAAGUUUUCAGGAAAGUGAAGAACUGUGUGUGUGAGAAGUGCAUCUGUCUGGUUUUACCGUGGUAAACGCUUGUUUUUCUAUCUCUGCCGUGCUGUAAAUAUCAGCCCCGUCUCCUCUACCCUUCAACCAAGCAAAAUCUUGUAUUUUGUUCUAAAACGCUAAGGUUUAUUUGUAAGGAUUUUUAAAAAUCUCUCUCUUUCUCAUUUUUGUAAGCAUUCAAAUGAUAAAAUAUCUUUAAAAAAAGGUUUAAAGGUGAAUUAUUGAAAGAUAAAUGUGUCUCUCUGAAGCCCUCCAGAUCUGUGACUGUAUCAGUUUGUGUUUUCUUUCUCUUCUGCUAUCGCUACAAACCUCAGAUGAAAACUCUAUUUCUUAUUCUGACAUUAAAGUUAUCAUCGUUAUUAUUAUGACAUCAUAUUUAUUACUACCCAUUGAUAUGAACACCAUCAUUAUUAUUACAUAAAUAAACUUGUCUUCUGCA